UCAAUGUCUCCAUCUAUGGCAAGAUCUGCUCCGAGCGAGCUCAACCAUUGGUGGAGCCAGCUGAGGUUUCGCCUUCAAAACAAGAAAGGAUGGAACGAGAUGUUGGAUGAGACAUUUCUGCUUCACACAAAACUCAUGAAUGACAUACCUCUCUUUUACGCGGCUAAAAGUAAUAGUGUGGGUUGUAUCAAGAAACUACUAAGCUGUGCAUCCACUAAUAUUUUUGAGAGAGGUGCUCUGGGAGAGACAGCGCUUCACGUCGCUGUGAUGAAUGAUAACCUGGAAGCUGCUGUGGCUCUGAUGGACGGAGCUCCUGAACUCAUCAACGAACCCAUGACCUCCGAGCUCUUCCAAGGUGUUACUCCUCUCCACAUUGCUGUGGUGAAUCAGAACAUCAAUGUGGUCCAUCACCUCAUCUCUCGUGGGGGUGAUGUGGCCACACCAAGAGUCACUGGCCUUUACUUCAGGAAGAGGAUAGGGGGACUCAUUUACUAUGGUGAGCAUAUCCUGUCUUUUGCUGCAUGCACUGGGAAUGAGGACAUUAUCUCCAUGGUGAUCGAUGCAGGGGCCAGCACCAGGGUCCAGGAUUACCGUGGUAACACCAUGCUUCACAUUUUGAUCCUGCAGCCCCACAAGACGAUUGCGUGCCAGGCUAUUGACCUGAUUAUGGCACGCGAUAUAGAGCUGGACCACCCUGUGCCAAUUGACAUGGUGCCCAACUACCGUGGCCUUACACCUUUUAAACUGGCUGCCAAAGAGGGAAACAUUGUGGCAUUUCAGCAUCUUGUUAACAAAAGACGUGUAGUGCAGUGGAGUCUGGGACCCUUGACCUCUAACCUGUAUGACCUGACGGAGAUUGAUUCGUGGCCAGACAAGAUGUCCGUGCUGGAGCUCAUUGUGGGCAGCCAAAACAGAGAGGCGAGGAGAAUACUAGAGGUGACCCCAGUGAGGCAGCUGGUCAGUCUGAAGUGGAACCUGUAUGGAAAGCAUUACUUCAGGCUGCUGCUGCUUCUAUAUCUCCUGUACAUCAUCACCUUCACAUUGAGCUGUGUAUAUCGCCCUCUAAAGGAUGCUCCUGAGAACUACACAACAUCAGACAUGGACAAAACCAUCCGAGUCCAGAAAACACUUGAGGAGAGUUAUGUGACAUACAAUGACAACCUUCGGUUAGCAGGAGAGAUCAUCAGUGUCCUGGGAGCUCUUGUCAUCCUGUUGCUGGAGAUCCCUGACAUACUGCGAGUGGGAGCAAAGCGCUACUUUGGCCAGACAGCACUGGGAGGCCCCUUUCAUGUCAUCCUUAUCAGCUACGCUUGCUUGGUGGUGCUUCUGUGCGUCUUCAGAGCGAGCGAGGUGCAGGGAGAGGCCGAGGUGAUGGCGUUAUGUUUAGUCCUCGGAUGGAGCAAUGUCAUGUUCUUCGCCCGAGGUUUUGAAAUGCUAGGCCCUUAUGUCAUCAUGAUACAGAAGAUUAUAUUUGGAGACCUGACCAAAUUUAUGUGGCUGAGUUUCAUUGUGCUCGUUGGUUUUUCCACCUCCCUGUGGAUGGUGUAUAUGACCCAGGAGCCUGAGUCCAUGCCUUCAUAUCGCUCCUUUCCCAUCACCCUCUUCUCACAGUUUGAGCUCAGUGUGGGCCUCAUAGAUCUGCCAGUGGACCACACCAUCGACACCCCCCCUAUUGUCCAUGUGCUCCACUGUGCCUUCUCUGUUGUUUCCUACAUCCUUCUGCUAAAUCUGCUGAUUGCAAUGAUGAGUGACACGCACUGGAGGGUGGCCCAGGAAAGAGACGAGCUCUGGAGAACUCAGGUGGUGGCCACAACUCUGAUGCUGGAGAGGAGGCUUCCCCGCUGCUUAUGGCCUCGGCUCGGGGUGUGUGGGAUCAGCUAUGGCCUGAGGGAGCGCUGGUAUCUCCGGGUUGAGGACAGAAACGACCCCAUGAUGCAAAAGAUGCGGCGAUACAUCAAGGCCUUCUCCAAAGAUGAUGAAAAGGAAACAGAAGGAAUGGAGAAGACUGACCCAAUAAAAGGAUCGAACCCAGGAACCCCAAAGCUCAGACAAAAAAAGAAAAACUCAAGGCCUUUGUCAGGCUGGCAUAUGAUUCGCCAGAGUGCUUUAAGCUUGCAAAUGGGGCAUGAGAAGCUUGAGGAGGACCAGGACAUUAAAUAUGUCUAA